CUCACAAACAUGGCGGCGCCCGUCAUGUUCCGCUUCCAGAAAAGUGGGAAGUUGCCUGUUUAAUUCAGUUUUCUUUGCUCCAGGCGGCGACGUGCGGUGACAAAAUGGACUCGAAGAGGCCAAGCAAGCUGGAGUUUGCGGUGCAGAUGACAUGUGAGAGUUGCGCAGAUAAAGUCAGAGCUGUUCUGGUGGAUAAACCAGGAGUGAAGUCUGUCAGUAUCGACGUCAGCAAGGAGCAAGUGUUGGUGGAGUCCGCUCUGACCAGUGCGGAGGUGCAGGCUGCGAUAGAGAGCACCGGACGCAGGGCGGUGCUGAAAGGCAUCGGGGCAUCGGAGCAAGACCUCGGCUCAGCGGUGGCCAUGCUGGCUGGUGUGGGAAAGAUCCAGGGGGUGGUGCGCUUCCUGCAGCUGUCUGAGGACCGUUGCUUGAUUGAUGGGACCAUUGAUGGGUUGGAGCCUGGACACCACGGCCUGCAUGUCCACACCCUGGGGGACCUCACGCUGGACUGCCUCAGUUGUGGAGAACACUAUAACCCCUUUGGAAGAGCACACGGUGGUCCAGGGGACCCUGAAAGGCAUGUAGGUGAUCUGGGGAAUAUUGCUGCUGGACCAGAUGGCAGAGCAUCAUUCAGACUAGAGGACAGUCAGCUAAAGGUGUGGGACGUGAUUGGCCGAUCGCUGGUUGUGGAUGCAGGGGAGGACGAUCUGGGUCGGGGCGGUCACCCUCUCUCCAAACAGACUGGAAACUCUGGGGAAAGACUGGCCUGUGGGAUCAUCGCCCGAUCGGCAGGUCUUUUCCAAAACCCCAAGCAGAUUUGUGCCUGUGACGGGGUCACGCUGUGGGAGGAGAGAGACAGGCCGAUAGCCGGGAAAGGUCGAACCAAGGCCAGCGCGGAGACGCCGGCGGCACACCUCUGAGCCGCAGAGACGAACGCCAAGCGCACCUGUGAGAUGUGUUGGGGCCGUUUGAGCUGAAAGAGCACCUCGAGGGGAAAAAGUCUGUCGGCGGAGGGCGAAGCGAGGAGGACAAAGCACUGAGGAAUAUAUUUCCGGACAGCUGGAGAGACGACCAAAGACAAAUUACCUUAUUUUCUUUUAAUUUUUUGCCUGUGAUUAAAUCAAAUGCUCGUACAGCGAUGUAUUUAGGGUCCUCUGAGGAAUUUAAAAGCACAGAAGCAGUUUUAAGGCAGUCCAGGAGUUUGUAAUAGAUGCUCUGAUUAACCAGAUGUCCGUUAACAGCGUGAUGUUUGUAUAGCGCACAACAGCCUCUGACAAGACUGUCUAAACUGAUGCACUUGUAAGAUCGGAGGUAUCCACUUUGGCUGUGUACUGGCUGGGGUAAAUAAGCUGCAAUUUGCUGUGAAAGUGUCUUAACUUAAUUAUGGAUGGCAAGCCUCUCUGAAACGGCAGCAGUAAAAACAUCCUGCUGCUCUCAUCACAUCAGCUACCUCUGUGGCCCCUUGUACAUCAGACUGAACGAAACCUGCAUUAGCUUGUUCAUUUCAAAUCCAUCAGGUGGUGUGAGUGACUUGGGAAAGAGGGAUCUGAAGGAGAGAGAGUCCAGAGUGAAAGGGCAAGAGGGGGUGAGGGUUUGGGAGGGGCGGGGGUGUCUUGAGGGAUUGUGUGCUCAGCUGUUUUAUCAGCAUGGAGCUGAAGUGUACAGUUCCUUCAUGGUUGCCAACUUUAGAUCCAUACAAUGCAGGAAACGGACGUUUUUUUAGUAAUUUUCAGCUUCAAAUCUUCUGUCUUCUGUAGAAACUGUAGAAAUGAUGAUGAUACAGUAACGUACAAAACUUCUACCCGCUGACACUUGUUGAUUUCUGCUUACGCAUAUUUGUCCUGUGGAUGAAGUCCUCAGCAUUGGGACACUGUGUGCGUCCUGUUGUGCAUUUGUGAACGUGUUGCAAGUUUUGCAUCGAUUUUCCAAAUUGAGCAGCUGUCUUGUCCCGGUGAUGCCUGAAUAAGCUUAUUGAAUUUUCCCCCAAAUGUUCAGCCGCUGUGCUUUUUUCCGUUUGUGUCCGAGGGCUGAGAACGCAACUGAUGACUGUUUGUCAUUGAUUCAUAUGUGGAUUUUUUUUAAAAUGAGCAAUUAAGACAAGAAAAUGUCCAUAUCCUUUCUUUUCUUUUCUUUUUGCCUGACCACUAGUCAAAACUAUUGAAUUUACAUAGAAAUAAAUCAAUAAAAAGCAGCAAAUGGGAGAAGCUGGACGCA